ACCGCCCUCAUGACUCCCGAACCCCAUGCCGAGCCCACGGGAGCGUCGGGCACUGCGCUCGGGGCGGAAGGCGCAAGAAGUGGGGCCAGCCGCAAGCGGAGCCGAGGACGCAGCUAAAGCACAAGCUUCUUCCUCUGCUUCGGAUGUGCGCACAAGUGCACCACCCGGGCCGCAACAAAAGCCCAAAGCAGAGGCAACAAGCGGGUCGCAGAGAGAGUCCACCGUCAAAGAUGUCACGGAGGACGCAGCUAAAGCACAAGCUUCUUCCUCUGCUUCGGAUGUGCGCACAAGUGCACCACCCGGGCCGCAACAAAAGCCCAAAGCAGAGGCAACAAGCGGAUCGCAGAGAGAGUCUACCGUCAAAGAUGUCACGGAGGACGCAGCUAAAGCACAAGCUUCUUCCUCUGCUUCGGAUGUGCGCACAAGUGCACCACCCGGGCCGCAACAAAAGCCCAAAGCAGAGGCAACAAGCGGAUUGCAGAGAGAGUCCACCGUCAAAGAUGUCACGGAGGACGCAGCUAAAGCACAAGCUUCUUCCUCUGCUUCGGAUGUGCGCACAAGUGCACCACCCGGGCCGCAACAAAAGCCCAAAGCAGAGGCAACAAGCGGGUCGCAGAGAGAGUCCACCGUCAAAGAUGUCACGGAGGACGCAGCUAAAGCACAAGCUUCUUCCUCUGCUUCGGAUGUGCGCACAAGUGCACCACCCGGGCCGCAACAAAAGCCCAAAGCAGAGGCAACAAGCGGAUCGCAGAGAGAGUCCACCGUCAAAGAUGUCACGGAGGACACAGCUAAAGCACAAGCUUCUGCCAGCGCUGCUUCGGAUGUGCGAACAAGCGCACCACCCGAGCCGCAGCAAGAGCCCAAAGCAGAGGCAGCAAGCAGAUCGAAGAGAGAGUCCACCGUCAAAGAGGUCACGGAGGACGCAGCAAAUGCACAAGCUCCUGUCAGCCCCGCUUCGGAUGUGAGCGCAAGUGCAACUCCCGAGCCGCAGCAACAGCCCAAAGCAGAGGCGGCACGUAGAUCGCUGACGGAGUCCACUGUCAAAGACGACGCGGAGGACCCACAACGCCGCCGUGACCGGCUCCGCAGCUCGCGCAGCAUCAGGAGUUCCUUUUCCCAGGAUGCUGCCAAGUCGUUGCUUCGAGGCCACACCGCUUUGUUGGCCCCGGUGCCGGCGCGGGAGCUGGAUGUCCCGGCGCCGGAGUCGGCAGCCUCCCCGGCAAGGACCGCCCAAAGGCUGGUGCGCCUGGGCUACCGCUUCGAGCUGCCCAGCGGCAAGGGCCUUCACCUGGAUGAGGCCCAGAUCUCGGACCUGCACGUGCAGCAGGCGCAGCAGGAGAUCCGGCAGCUGAUGGAGCGCAGGGUUCUGAAGCUGGGCGCCUCCCAGCUCUUCCAGCAGCUGGCGCGCGUCGCCUCGCUGCGCCGGGCGCAAAAGGACCUCCGCGCCGCCCACUGGGCCGCCUGCGACGCCGAGCUGCCCGUGGCGCGCCGCGCCGCGGGCCUCAUGGCGCGGCGCAGCCGCGGCGCGGCGCGCAGCACGGAGGAGCUGCUCGGGAGGUGCACGGAGGAGGCGGCCCGCUGGCUUCAGCACGCCGGGGACAAAGAGGAGGAGGUGGCGGCCCGCUGCAAGCAGCUGGGCGCGGACCUGGCGCUGCACCGCGCCGAGAUGCGGCGCCUGGAGCUCGGCGACGUGUCCGGCACGGCGCCGAGGAUGGCGAAGCCGCGCUCAGUCACCAAGGUGCAGCAGCUUGCCAGGCUCUGCACUGAGAUGGAUUUCGCGGAGACCCGCUGCGAGAAGUUGCGGGGGCGGAUCCAGCAGCACUCCAUGCCCAAGCCCUGCACCAGCGACCUCCGGCUGGAAGCCUUGCGUGCCGCCGCCCAGGAGGCACGCCGGGCCUGUCCGGAGCCCUCGGAGCCUUCAGAGCCUUCGGAGGAUGAGAUGGAGUCCCGCGUUGCAGCCGCCAUGGAGCUACUGGAUGUGCAUCAGCCCAAGGCUGUGAAGGUGCGAAUGGCCGGGCUGAAGCAGAUGGCCAUUGGAGAUCAGGCAUGACCGAGCUGGAUCCGCAGGCUGCCCACAACAUGUGCGUCCACAUGCGGCGCGAACACGCUGCGGCGGUGAAGGACACCUUCAAGCGCCUCGUGGCGCAGAAGAUCGCCGAGGCGAUCAAUGUGGACGCGGAGGAGGUGCGUGUGAGAGGCCUGCGCGGCGGCGUCCACCAGCCGUAGAUGUUUCCGGCUUCGGCGAGUCAGACCCAGGGGCUGAGUGCCCCAUCCCAGCCAGACAGACGAUGGUCAAAGUACCAACACACCACCUGGUCUACAGCCAACGUUGACCCCCC